GCUUCUAGGACUUUAUUAGGCUGUGCAGGGACAUCUGUCAGGAAGAGAGCACCCUGCCAUGCUCAUAGGAAAACCAGGCAAAUCCUCUUCCUUCCUCCGUAGUUCUGACCUCCCUCCCAGCCAGUUUGAAUGAGUGGAGAAAAAUGACCACCAGUCCUCACCAAUUUCCUCUGAUUUUCAUCAAUGAGAAGAAAUCCAUUACCAGAGAUCAGCUUGAUUUUUUAUUGAAGACCUACAACGUUUUUUACAGAGACCAGAAGAACCGACAUAUUGUAUAUGGUGAGAUUGAAGAUGACAACCUAGUUAUUGAGGGAAUUUUGGAUAUAUUCUGGGGAGUACAAAAGCCUAUCCGGCUGAAAAUACAAGAUGAAAAGCAGGUUCCUUCUUUUGCCACCAUCAAGUCAUCACCUUUAUUCUCCCAGAAGGGGGGUAUGACUCGCUGGGGAGAAUUUGAUGAUCUCUAUCACAUCAGUGAACUGGAGAAGAAAAAGAGUUCUGUGUAUGAAGCCAAAAAUCCCCAAGAAGAUGAUAUGUCUUAUAACAGCAGUACCCUGAAGCCUCAGAUGGAGGAGGAACUAGAUUCUCCCUUACUAUACAGAACAAUGAGUGAAGCAACCUUGGUGAGAAAGAAGAUAAAUUUUGGCAAGAUAGAGAGAAGAAAUAAACAGAAUCACAGAGUAUCAAUUAAUGGCCACUUCUAUAACCAUGAGACAUCAAUUUUUACUCCAGCCUUUGGAUCUGAAACCAAAGUGAGAAUAAACAGUAACAUGAGAACAGAAGAAGUAAUAAAGCAGCUUCUACAAAAAUUCAAGAUUGAAAAUAACCCCCAGGAUUUUGCUCUUUAUAUCAUCUAUGCAACUGGAGAAAAGAGACGUCUAAAGAAGACAGACAUUCCCUUAUUAGAGAGGCUUUUGCAGGGUCCCUCACAAAGGAAUGCCAGAAUUUUCCUCAUGGACCAAGAUGCAGAAGAAAUCAGCAGUGAUGUGGCUGAAUACAUUCACUGUCACCUUUCUUUUUUGGAAUCAAUCCUUCAAAGAUUAAAUGAAGAAGAAGCACGAGAAAUUAAAAAAAUAACAACAAAAUUCAAAACAGAGAAAGCUUUUAUAUUAAAACAUCUUCAGAAUAAAAUGAUAGUAAAAACAGAGACAACUGUAUAGUGCAAUAAACACCCAUGAAUCAAAAACUUCAACCAAAUAAAAAGUAUUUGCAUACUUAAUGAGAACAUGUAUAUUGUAGGUACAUGCAUUACUAUAGAAACUUCAAGCUUGUAGAAAAUCAACUGACCAGGAAAUUUUAUUUCCAUAUGAAGAGAUGAAGUUGCCUUUAUGUUAUACUUGAUGCUUUUAUAUAAUAUUUGGUCCACUAUUUAUUCUGAAAAUUAGAUUUCCAGAAUAGUACUCAUUUUUUUUUCAGUUAGAGAGGCAUUUUUAUAUAGUGUGAAUUUAAAAUGUCUUCCUUAGCCUGAAUUUUGUCAACUUUUGCAAGAAAUGACAAAUGAAAUGGAAAUUAAAGACUGAAAACACUUUUUUUUUAAAAAAAAGAGAUGGAUUCUUUAUGUUGUAAAGAAAUUUACUUUUGAUACAAUAUGAAUGGAAUUUAUAGAUCACUGAUGACCCUUGGGCUUUCACAAAAAUGAGGAUGAUCUUGCAAACUGGCAAGUAAACUUCUAUUAUAUGUGUGUAAUCCUGCUAAAACUCCAGAGGACCAAAGACCACAAGCACUUAGUAAACUGCAAUAUCUACAAGUGUUCCUUUUCCGGAGUUACUGGGUUUUUGAUUCCUUUGGCCUGAAGGAACUUCGUAUAAGCAGCAUUACAUCUGGUAAAAGACCUUAUCAGAAAUUCACAAAGCUGUCUCUAUUAUUGUUUUUCAGAGCUGAUUUUUGAAACACAAAAGAAAUUCUGAAAACAUAAUAGGAGUUUGGGAGUUGUUGUUGUUAUUAAUAGUUGUUAGUGUCAUCCACAACAAUUUUUUUAAGCAAUUCUUUGUAAGGGUCAAUAGGCCUUUUUCUUAAUCUACCUCUACUUUUAUUUGUCAUGGAUAUUGUCUAAAAAAUUUUUCUAAAACAUUUUAUUUGUGAUGUAGACUAGAGCUCUGUAUGAUAAGUACACAGCUGGAAAAGUACUUUUUUUAAAUAUUAAAACAUAUAUCACAAUUGUUUCAAAAACAUAAUUCUAAAUUAUCACCAAAAUACAGACUAAACAAGAGUGUGUUUGUAUACAUUAAAUUAUAUUAAAACCUCCUUAUAUAGUAUAAUGUGUGUGACUGGGCUUUCAUUACUCUGUUUAUUUUUUGGUAACUAUCAAGGAAAAGAUAUCCACUUGUUAAAUGUGAGGCUAAAAAUAUAAACUAUAACUCAUAGUGGUCUAAUUUAUAUAUAUAGAUAAUAUGCACUAUAUGCAAUUCUUAUCCUCAAGGAGCUCACAUUUUCAUGGAAAAUAUAGCAUGCAAAUGACAAUUUCUGUAUAAAAUAUAUGCAGUCUAAAUAUAGGGACACCUCAUAAAGAAAGCAUUAGCGGAGGGAAGUAGGGCAAGACAAGGUCCCUGAUAAAGCUCUGAGAUUUGAGCUGAAUCUCAAAGGAGGACUAGCUCAAGGAGGUAGAGGUGAAAAGUAUUCCAGCAGGAGGAUCACCAAUACAAAAACUUAGACUUGAAAAAUAGUGUUUCACAUGUGAGGAAUAGCAAGAAACUCAUGUAGCUGGACAACAGAGAAUGUGAAAAGGAGAAAAUGUAAGAAAAAAAGAAAGAAAGGGAGCUAAACUAUUUCAUUGAUCCUGAAAGUGACCAAAAACUACUAAAGUUUAUUAAGUUAGAGACAUGACAUGCUCCAACCUGAACUUUCAAAAAAUCUCUUUGGCACCUGAAUCAAGGAUGAAUUAAUAUGGGAAGAAAUUUUUUAAUUAAAGGUUUUUAUUUUUCAAAACAUAUGCAUGGAUAAUUCUUCA